CCACAAGAAUAAGGCGGCUUGGGGUGGGAGGGAAGAGAGGAACACAGAGGUAGCGAAACUUGGUCCGCCAUCCCGUAAAGUAAGUCUGCGAGUCCCAGGGACCCGUUUCAGGGACUCUAGAUAUGACAGCCCAGGGGUCUAAGAGAUUGAAAAUCAAGGGCGUAGCCCAAGAGAAGCGAAUCAGGUUUCUGGGAGUCCCGUGAGGAAAAUCUCUUCCCGUUUCCUGUUAGUCCCCACCUUUCGGCGCCCUAAGGGAGCGGUUAUUUAGGCGGCUGGGACAUUCCCAGGGUUCCCAAUGGCAGGAAUGAUUUCACUUCCACCAGCAAAGGGGCCCCAAUCCCCACGCCCCCACAGCUAAGGGAGGCGGAGAGCCGAGUCCCGGCGGACUAAUUCUAAGCCGAUCCAAGUCCAGUUGCGUCCUUAAUCCCAGAGGCUCAGCUGUCAACCCGAGGACGAAUGCCGCCAAGACGACCGCGAGGCGUUGAUGAAGGGAAGUGUGAACCGAACGCUUCUUGAGAGGGGUCGCUCCGCAGUCUCAGCCUAAGCCUCUGGUUUCCCCCUACCCUUCCCGCUCUUCGCCCAGAUCUCAGCUGGGACGAUGGCGAAGAUCAGAGUGGCUUACGAGUACACGGAAGCGGAGGACAAAAGCAUCCGGCUAGGCUUGUUCCUCAUCAUCUCGGGCAUCGUAUCGCUCUUCAUCUUUGGCUUCUGCUGGCUCAGUCCGGCUUUGCAGGACCUGCAAGCCAAAGCGGCUAACUGUACGGUGCUGUCAGUGCAGCAGAUCGCUGAGGUGUUCGAGUGCACUUUCACCUGUGGCGCAGACUGCCGUGGCACCUCGCAGUACCCCUGCGUCCAGGUCUAUGUCAACAACUCCGAGUCCCACUCCCGGGCGCUGCUGCACCGCGACGAGCACCAGCUAUUAACCAACCCCAAGUGCUCAUAUAUCCCUCCUUGUGAAAGAGAAAAUCAGAAGAAUUUGGAAAGUGUCAUGACUUGGCAACAGUACUGGGAAGAUGAAAUUGGUUCUCAGCCAUUCACUUGCUAUUUUAAUCAGUAUCAGAGACCUGAUGAUGUGCUUCUGAAGCGUACCCAUGAUGAGAUCGUCCUAUUGCACUGCUUUCUCUGGCCCCUGGUGACCUUCCUGGUGGGAGUGCUUAUCGUGUUGCUGACCAUCUGUGCCAAGAGCCUGGCUGUCAGAGCAGAGGCUAUGAAAAAGCGGAAGUUCUCCUAAAGAGAAAUGGCAUCAGAUAAAGGAUCCAAAAAUCAAAAGGAGAUGAGAGGAAAUGUAUCAUACUUUACUCCCUUUCUCAUCAUCUCAGCCCCCACAAAACCCAUUUUCAGCAUCUUGGGAAAUGUAUGUCUGGCCAGUGUUCUGGCAAAGAUUCCUACAAGAAAGUUCCACAAAUUAUCUCUGGAAGUUGUCCUCAAAGGCAAGAGGAAUGAGCAACCAAAAGACUCAGAAUUGCACAUGUUGUAUUAGACAUUUCUGAGCCAUGGCUAACAUAAUAAGCUCCGACCUAUAUGAAAUGACCAUUUCAGAAAAUCCUGUAGAUUUAAUUUCAUUUGAAAAAAAAUUCUACCAUUUGGUAUGAUAUAGAAUACAAACCAUGAUGACUAAUGCUAUUUAAAUAUUAAAGCAGAAUAGUCUGAUUCUUUUUUAAUGUCUGCUUUGUAUCCUGAAUACAGAGUACUGAGAGGUAAGGCUCUUUUAUAUUUCAUUAAUUCUUAUGGGUCAAAGUUUCACUUUUCUGUGAAGAUUUCUGCACAAAACUGGACCUAAGUAUACUAACUUCCAUUACUAUAGUAAAUAUCAGUCUGGAGUAAUCCACUCCAUUAAAAGUAAUCCUUAAUUCUUGGUUGCAAGAGGAAAACAUUUCUACUAACAUCAAUUUUUUGUGAUACUUAAGCAAGAUGAGUUCUUGGAUUAGGAAGAAUUAUCCUAAAACUGAAUUCCCUCUAGCUAAAUAUUUAUUCUUAGAAGAGAUCUUAUUAAAGAUUACCAGAAAUGUUGGUGUGCA